GUUGGCUUUUUUUUUUGAACGUAUUUUGUGUGAUGCAGGCUGCUAUGUUGCCCAUUUCCCACUCUUCCUCAACAUUCCUCUUUCAAUAACAUACUCAGUCUCAUUGUUAAUGGCGAUUCAUCUCUCCCAAGUAAUUGGAUUCUGGGGAGUUGUGACGUGAUAUAAAAAAAAUAUGAACUUUUGCAGGCUAUUCACUACUUUAUUACAUCAAAAACCUUUUGGAGGUAAUGGGCAUGCCCUGUUAUUGGAUUCCAACAUUCUCAAACAUUUGAAUUCUGAUUCAGCUUCUCCUUCACAGACUCGAAAAUCUCAUGCUUCCCUGCUCAAGACUGGCCUCUUUUACAAUUCCCAUCUCAACACCAAGCUCUUAUCACUCUAUGCUAAUAAUCUCUGUUUUGUUGAUGCCAACCUCAUCCUUGAUUCCAUUCCCAAUCCUGAUUUGUUCUCCUUCUCCACACUAAUACAUGCCUUUGCAAAACGCAACCAUUCAGUUCAUGCUCUCCGUAUCUUUACUCGUAUGUUAGUUCAUGGAGUUGAGCCAGAUAAUUUUCUCUUUCCUAGUGUUGUUAAGUCCUGUGCUGGAUUACUAUCACUGGAAGUUGGGAAACAGGUUCAUGGCUUUGCAUUUGUGUUUGGGUUUUCUUUGGAUGUGUUUGUUCAGUCCUCAUUACUGCACAUGUAUCUUAAGUGUGGUCGUGUUCGGGAUGCCCACAAGCUGUUUGAUGGAUUGCCCCAACGUGAUUUGGUGUGUUGGAGUGCUUUGAUUUCUGGUUACUCUAACUGUGGGCAUGUAGAUGAGGCCAAAGAGCUUUUUUAUGAGAUGAGGAAAACAGGUCUUGAACCCAAUAAUGUGUCAUGGAAUGGAAUGAUCUCGGGUUUCAAUCGUAGUGGCUUGUAUGCUGAGGCGAUGGCCAUGUACCAGAAAAUGCAUUCAGAAGGCUUUCUUCCUGAUGCUUCUAGUGUUUCUAGUAUUCUUCCUGCUAUUUCAGAAUUUGAAGAUUUAAAUAUGGGAGUUCAGAUUCAUGAUUAUGUGAUCAAGCAAGGAUUUGGGUCAGAUAAAUGUGUCUUUAGUGCACUUAUUAAUAUGUAUGGGAAGUGUUCUUCUGUACUUGAGAUGUCACAAGUUUUUGAUGAAAUGGAUCAAAGGGACAUUGGUUCUGUAAAUGCUUAUAUUACAGGGCUCUCGCGAAAUGGUCUAGUUGACAAUGCACUGAAGGUGUUUAGAAGAUAUAAGGGUGAAGGAGCAGAAUUGAAUAUUGUCUCUUGGACAUCAAUGAUUGCGAGUUGCUCUCAAAAUGGAAAGGAUAUAGAUGCAUUGGAACUUUUUCGGGAGAUGCAAGUUGAAGGGUUGAAACCUAAUGCCGUGACAAUCCCAUGCUUGCUUCCUGCGUGUGGGAAUAUUGCAGCGCUAAUGCACGGUAAGGCAGCCCAUUGUUUCUCCCUUAGAACAGGGAUCUUUAAUGAUGUAUAUGUUGGUAGUGCAUUGAUUGAUAUGUAUGCAAAUUGUGGGAAAAUACAAUUAUCUCGGCUUUGUUUUGAUAAAUUGCCCACUAGAAAUUUGGUUUGUUGGAAUGCCAUUAUGAGUGGAUAUUCAAUGCAUGGGAAAGCUAAAGAAACCAUCGAGCUAUUCCAUAUGAUGCAGAAGAGUGGACAUAAACCUGAUUUUAUCAGCUUUACUUGUGUGUUAUCUGCAUGCAGCCAGAAUGGCCUAACAGAUGAAGGAUGGCAUUAUUUUUCUAACAUGUCGAAAGAGCAUGGUAUAAAAGCGAGGUUGGAGCAUUAUGCUUGCAUGGUUACACUUCUUAGUCGUGCAGGAAAACUUGAAGAUGCGUAUUCCAUGAUAAUGGAUAUGCCCGUUACACCAGAUGCUUGUGUUUGGGGAGCAUUGCUAAGUUCUUGUCGAGUGCACAAUAAUGUUAGAUUAGGUGAGAUUUCAGCUGAAAAGCUCUUCGAGUUAGAACCAAGAAAUCCAGGGAACUAUGUUAUUUUAUCAAAUAUUUAUGCUGCAAAGGGCAUGUGGAGUGAAGUAGAUAGAGUUAGGGAUAUGAUGAGUCAGAAGGGUCUUAGAAAGAACCCUGGCUGUAGUUGGAUUGAGGUUAAAAAUAAAUUGCACAUGCUUCUUGCGGGAGACAAAUCACACCCUCAAAGAGAGCAAAUUAUUGACAAGCUGAAUCAAUUGAGCAUGGAGAUGAAGAAAUCUGGUCACUUUCCCAACAUGAGCUUUGUGCUUCAAGAUGUAGAGGAACAAGAGAAGGAACAUAUUUUAUGUGGACACAGUGAGAAAUUGGCAGUUGCAUUUGGGCUGCUCAACACUCCUCCAGGGUCUUCUUUAAGGGUGAUCAAGAACCUAAGAAUCUGCGGCGAUUGUCAUUCUUUUAUAAAAUUCAUAUCCGGCUUUGAAGGAAGAGAAAUUUUCGUUAGAGACACUAAUCGCUUCCAUCAUUUCAAAGAUGGAGAUUGUUCUUGUGGGGAUUAUUGGUGAGUUGCUGGCCUGAUCUAGUCAAAGAUUGCAACCUCACUGAAUGAAGUAUUUCACCACAUUGAGAAAAGACAAGUACACCCAUAGCAUCCCUGAAGCCUUGUUAUGCUUAAACUUGUGUUGCCUUCUAAGGAGCUGAGCUUGUUGUUCAGAAAAUCGUUGCGAAAGAAUCCAGUUUUGGGAAUUGGACUUCGAAUGUUGAAGGAUGCUGGCGAUCCAACAAGUCCUACCCAUUCCCUCCAAAAGGAUGUAUAAAGUACAUUUAGACCCAUUUUGUUUGGAACCAUGAAAAGGAAAGGAUAAUAAUAGAUUAAAAACAGUACAAUUCCAUACUUGGGAUUUUCAUUGGAAAGGCUGUUCAGUCAAUAAUGUGGAACUGUUAUUCAUUUUACAAAUUUUGGGUGGAGCAGCAAUAAAACUCCAUGUGUUUUAUCUUGUGGUCAAAUAUACUUCCUUUGUUCACUUGAGGGAUGGAUUUCAACAGCCCAUCGAUGCUGUUGUUGAUGCACAACACAGUCCUCGACGUUGACACUCAGUCGACUAGGCUCUACAGUUGAGGAAGCCAACACUACACUAGCACCGUUCGGGUCCUCCAGUAGUGUUCUUGAUGCUCACAGCAAAGCUAGACAGUGGACAUGCAACAUGAACAACAGAGUGAGCGACGGGUAUUGUGAAAGUGCUUCGCGACAGAAUUGACAAGAAUGGCAAGGACACCAGGUUGGGUUGGGAUCAAGGUUGGACAUAAAGGACGGCUGGGAUCCUAUAUAUAAAUAAUACAUGUACACAAGUAACUUAUAUUUAGAAGAUACAAAGAGCAAUCUUAGCAUACUGCAUACAUGUAUUUAGCAGAAUAUAGGAUCCUAUUUUGCUCAUAUACUCACAAAAAUAUUGGGUAUCAGGCCAGUACUGCAAAAUAUGCUUAUGUACAAAGUUUAGGCUUUCCGAGAGUUGUUAGCUCAAUGCACAAACUGAAGAUCUUCCAAGUUCGAG